CGUAAGAGUCGUGUAAUCAAAUCAGUUAAUUAGUGUAGAGAUAUGUCACUCCGCCCGUUUAGAGAGCAUUUCAAGUUAUUUAUUAAGUAGACAGUGUUAUAACUUGUGUCAAAAUGUUUAGUUGGUUAACUAGAGACAAUAAUAAAACCGAAGUGUACGAAAAUGUCGUCGAAGGACUUAAAACCAUUUACAAAAAUAAGCUUCUGCCUUUGGAGCAGCAUUAUCAGUUCCACGACUUUCACUCGCCCCAACUUGAAGAUUCCGACUUCGAUGCAAAACCGAUGAUACUAUUAGUUGGUCAGUAUUCAACCGGAAAAACUACAUUUAUCAAAUACCUCCUGGAACGAGACUUCCCGGGGAUCCGAAUCGGUCCUGAACCGACCACAGACAGGUUUAUAGCUGUAAUGUACGAUGAUAAAGAGGGAAUAAUCCCAGGGAAUGCCCUCGUCGUUGAUCCCAAAAGACAGUUCCGGCCGCUUGGCAAAUUUGGGAAUGCCUUUUUGAACCGUUUACAAUGCUCCCUGGUUAACUCGCCUGUUCUACAGAACAUUUCAAUCAUAGACACCCCUGGCAUCCUCUCUGGAGAAAAACAACGAGUUGAUCGGGGCUACGACUUCACUGGGGUCCUAGAAUGGUUCGCCGAGAGGGUCGACAGAAUAAUCCUCUUGUUUGACGCUCACAAAUUGGACAUAUCUGAUGAAUUCAGGCGUUCAAUUGAAGCCUUGCGUGGGCAUGAUGAUAAAAUCCGGAUUGUUCUUAACAAGGCUGACAUGAUUGACCACCAGCAGCUCAUGCGGGUCUAUGGAGCGCUGAUGUGGUCCCUAGGGAAAGUCCUCCAAACCCCUGAAGUCGCCAGAGUCUACAUUGGCUCUUUCUGGGACCAACCACUUCGCUACGAUGUCAAUCGGCGACUUUUCGAAGACGAGGAACAAGAUUUAUUUAAAGACUUACAAUCUCUUCCCAGAAAUGCCGCUCUGCGAAAACUAAACGACUUAAUCAAGCGGGCAAGACUAGCCAAAGUUCAUGCUUAUAUUAUUUCCGAGCUUCGGAAAGAAAUGCCGUCUGUCUUUGGCAAGGAUUCGAAAAAGAAAGACCUCAUCAAGGGUCUAGGAACGAUUUACGAAAGAUUGCAAAAGGAGCAUCAGAUUUCGCCGGGAGAUUUCCCCGAAAUAAAAAAAAUGCAAGAGAUUUUGGCCAAUCAAGAUUUUACAAAGUUUCAUCCACUAAAGCCUAAAUUGUUGGAAAUUGUCGAUCGGAUGCUGGCCGACGAUAUUGCUCAUUUAAUGGCAAAAAUUCCAUUGGAGGAAGUCAAUAAUACCGAAACAACGGGUAAUGUUAAAGGUGGGGCCUUUGUUAACGUCGAGGACACUGUGUCACCAUUUGGGUAUAAAAAGGGAGAAGGAAUUGAUGCCGGAGCUGGCGAAAUUGAUUGGAUCGUCAAUAGAGAAAAAGCAAAAUACGAUCAAAUUUUUGAUCAAAUUGCCACCCCCGAUGGCAAAGUCACAGGAAUGGCUGCCAAAUCGGAAAUGGUUAAAUCGAAGUUACCCAAUUCUGUGUUGAGUAAAAUAUGGAAACUGGCCGAUGUUGAUAAAGACGGAAUGCUGGAUAAUGAAGAAUUCGCACUAGCAAUGCACUUAAUAAAUAUUAAAAUCGACGGAAACGAUUUACCAUCAGAAUUACCAAAUCAUCUAUUACCACCAUCAAAACGUUAAAUAAUACCAUCAUCCACAAGUGCUAUAUAUUAAUUGCAUUAUCUGUGUGCCUCUUAAGUCAAGAAUGUACAAAUUUUAGAAGAAACAUUGAUUUUCUUGAUUCCAAUACCAAAAAGUUAGUUUUAUUAGUUUUCUAUCUUUAUAUUGCAAUAACGUAAAAUUGUGGCCACAGUAACACUACUGCUGUCUAAUAUGAACAUGUGAUAAAAAUGCUGUAUAUAUUUGUAUUAUAAAAUAGUGAUAAAUGACAUUUAUUUAAAUCAACCUACUCAUACGUCACCAAUUCUGUUGUAUUAACAUCAUUGUUACUUUUUUGUAUAGGCACUUGAGGAAUUUACACAUUGUUGUACGAGUAUUUAAUUUAAUAAAAUAUUUUAGUUGAA